AGACUGUCUGUCUGGGGAGCUCUAAACUAGCCUCGCUACUUUAGUGUAUGGAUAUUAGUCCUAUGGUACGGAUAUUAAGCCUACCUUACGCAGACGGCAGAUGGCAGAGAUAAGCAAUUUGGCGAGCUGAAUAUUUUCCGGUUUUCGUAACGUACAAGAUUUUCGAAUGCAGAUUUUCAUUCCCUUUCUGGUGUAGAUGUAAAUUAGGGAGAAGGCCACGUACAAGAUGCUUAAAAAAAAAAAAAAGAAACCCAGCGUUGACCCCGCAAUUUUGACAGGCGAGCCAACCUCUUUUCCGAGAAGCGCGGAAUCAAGAGUGCAGUGUUUGCACUGUCUUUUCACUGGGCUUUAGAGACAUAAAGAGGGGUGAUUGCACACGGCUUUUCCCUGACUGUUGUUGUUUUUUAUUUCGCAUCACCCACCCCGCCACCGCACACUUUUUUGUCUCCCAUUCCCGGAUCGUUGACUGUAGAGAAUACAACCGAAGCCGAGAGCUGGAACGUGACAUCACACGGGUUUCAGGUUUCAGUUUACUACAAACGCGCGCACACACAUUAACACACAGGGAGGCUGACAGCUGGGAGGCUUUUCCUCUCGAGCUCAGAUAUCAGAGCACACUCCUGGGAAACUGCUUACAGCGAGCGCGUGUCCAUCUCCGGGCUGACGAGCGCGCGGUGAUGUUCAGCAUCUGGAUGACAAUUUAAAUUCUCCCCGCUAAAUUAUCCAGUAUACAGCUCUACAAAGCUUUUUACUCGUCGCUUUUGGCAAUAUUUUAUGUCACAAUGAGCGGAAGGUGACCUGUAAGCACCCGGUAUCAGGCCUACCCUCGCAAGACAACUGCAUCUUUGUCGUCAACGAACACUUGAAUUGUGGGAAACUGGUUCACCCUAUGUUAAACAGGCCGGUCCCCAAAACGCCAACGCCCGCUCCAGCGAAUGAGAAGAAAGAGCGACCGGUGAGCACCAUGAGCGAAGCUUCCAACUACACGGGCGGGUCCGACUACGCCACCCACCCGGCCAGCCCCGCGGGCAGACCUUCAAGAUCUUCCAAAAAAGUUCACAAUUUUGGAAAGAGAUCCAAUUCCAUAAAGAGAAACCCCAAUGCACCAGUGAUCAAGAGCAACUGGCUCUACAAACAGGACAGCACGGGCAUGAAGCUGUGGAAGAAGCGCUGGUUCGUGCUCUGCGACAUGUGCCUGUUCUACUACAGAGACGAGAAAGAAGAAGGGAUCCUUGGAAGCAUCCUCCUGCCAAGCUUCCAUAUAUCCAUGCUUUCUGUGGACGACCACAUCAACAGAAAAUACGCCUUCAAGGCGACACAUCCAAACAUGCGGACGUACUACUUCUGCACGGACACGGCCAAAGAAAUGGAGUCCUGGAUGAAGGUGAUGACGGACGCAGCCCUGGUGCACACGGAGCCCGUCAAGAGGAUGGAGAGGCUGAAGGUGGAGCACCGCGUCCCGCAGGAGGUGAACAACGUGCUGAACCACCGGGUCCUGACGCGGCCCGAGGUCCAGAACAACGAGCGCAACCGCGAGGCGGCGCCGCCGCUGCCGCCCGAGGAGCGCAAGCAGAAGGACGCCGAGAAGUACGGCUUCCAGAAGGACGGCGUGGAGCGGCCGCUCACCAAGAUCAACAGCGUCAAGCUGCAGCCGGCCCAGGCCGCCGCCAUCGCCGCCGCCGUCAGCUCGUCACGGCAACAGGCCAACAGCGCCGGCCCCGCCUCCGCCGCCGCCGCGCAGCCCAUCCUCUACAAGCCCCCCCCUCAGGUGAACGGGUCCGGGGACCGCACCCCGGGGGAGGCGCCGAACGCCCUGCCCCCCAGGCCCCCCUCCCAGGCUCCGCCCCUCGCCCCGCCCCAGGAGCCCGAGAGGACUCUGCAGAGGACCAACUCCAUGCAGCAGCUGGAGCAGUGGGUCCGGAUCCAGAGGGGGCGUGGCCAGGAAGACGAGACGCGGAGCAUCACCUCCUACCAGACCCUACCCCGCAACAUGCCCAGCCACCGGGCGCAGGUGGUGCCGCACUACCCCGAGGGGUACCGCACGCUCCCCCGGAACAGCGUGAUGCGCCCCGACAGCAUCUGCAGCAUGUCGCCCUCGGUGUACGACCGGGCGCUGGGCCCCCCCCCGGCGGAGAAGCGGCGCUCCAUGCGGGACGACACCAUGUGGCAGCUGUACGAGUGGCAGCAGCGGCAGGCCUACACCAAGCAGGGCCCCCCCCCGGCCGCCUACGGCACCCUGCCCAGCCCCAAGACCAUGGUCAACCUGUCGGACCACGUGGCGCACUCCAUCCCGCCCUCGCCCUCCCACGGCUCCCUGGCGCACUACCAGGGCUACUCGCCGCUGCGCUCCUACGGCAACCCCAGCGCCCGCUCCGAGGUGUCCUCGCCCGUCUUCCGGGGCGACGUCUCCAUCGACCGCCGCCACAGGGCGCACCUCGCCAAGCAGUACGGCUACCCGCCCGACCGGAGGUCCAUGCCCGCGGGCAUCCCUGCGCCGCCCAUCACCCCACAGUCCCUGCAGGGCAAGACGCCCGAGGAGCUGACGCUGCUGCUGAUCAAGCUGCGGCGGCAGCAGGCCGAUCUCACCAGCGUCCGGGAGCACACGCUAGCGCAGCUCAUGCAGCUCAGUCUGGACACCGGCAACCCAAAGAACGAGAUUCUGUCCCAUCACCUCCAGAGGAACCUCAUGUAUUUGGACAGCCAGAUGAAGGAAAAUGAGCCCUUAAUCAUCAUGAGUCACACAAUGAUUGAGAACUCGGCGCCAAGGCCGCAACUGUACCAGCAAGUGACCCCGGAUGACUACAGAGACAGCUCCUAUAUUUACCGACCGGAGGAGUUGGACAUUGACGCGAAGCUGAGCAGGCUGUGUGAGCAGGACAAGGUGGUUCGGACGCAGGAAGACAAGCUGCAGCAGCUCCACAGAGAAAAGCACACCCUGGAGACGGCGCUGCUCUCCGCCAGCCAGGAGAUCGAGAUGAGCGCCGACAACCCGGCGGCCGUGCAGAGCGUGGUGCAGCAGAGGGACGUGCUGCAGAGCGGCCUACUGAGCACGUGCAGAGAGCUGUCCCGCGUCAACACCGAGCUGGAUCGGUCCUGGAGGGAAUAUGACCGACUGGAGGCCGACGUCACUCUGGCUAAGAACAAUCUCCUAGAGCAGCUGGAGGCGCUGGGCAGCCCUCAGACCGAGCCCCCCAGCCAGCAGCAUGUGCAGAUCCAGAAGGAGCUGUGGAGAAUACAGGAUGUGAUGGAGGCCCUGAGCAAGAACAAGCCCCAGAGAAGCACUGAUAACACGGGUUUCUUUGGCUCCAAACCAAUUUCAAUGAAGAAUAAGAGUGAGGAAGAGGACCCCGUGCCCCCGCGGCCCCCCCUCCCCCAGUCUUAUGACAUCAGCGAGCGCCCCCCGGCGGUGCCGCCGCUGCCCUCCCCCACCGCCACCGCCACUGCCGCCGCCCAAACGCACGCGGGCCGCCCGCCCCUGCACCGGCCCGACGACAGGAAGCCGGGCCAGCGGAACGGGGCGCACAGCGGGCCGGACUACAGGCUGUACAAGAGCGAGCCUGAGCUCACCACGGUGGCCGAGGUGGACGAGACCAACGGGGAGGACAAGUCCGAGCAGGCCGGCGACAAAGACCCCUCCGGCAGCAAAGGCCUCUCUUACCCCAUCGGGAUCGUGCCCCCGAGAACGAAGUCUCCCAUGCCCGAGUCGUCCACCAUCGCCUCCUACGUCACCCUGAGGAAGACCAAGAAGCCCGAGCCGCGGACGGACCGUCCGCGCAGCGCGGUGGACCAGCUGUGCCAGCAGGACUCUGGGCGGCCCCGGAUGAGCGUGGAGGAGCAGCUGGAGCGCAUCCGGAGGCACCAGCAGGCCUCCCUGCGCGAGAAGAAGAAAGGCCUCAACGUCCUGGGGGGCCAGGAGAACUCGCCCUCCCGCACCCCCUCUUUCUCCAAGGAGAACCCCUUCCGCACCCCGCAGAGCCGGAAGAGGGAGGAGGUGCUCUCCAGUGACAUCCAGGAGCUGGAGGCCUCGCUGCGGGAGCAGGACCUGGUGAAGGAGCAGGAGACUCCGGCGGAGGAGAUCGCCCGCCUGAAGGAGGGAGCGCUGCAGGAGAGCUUCAACAUGGAGAGAGAGCUGUCCAAGCCGAACAAGGUUGUGAUCCCGGAGCGCUACGUGGAGAUGGAGCCGGAGGAGGCCCUGAGCCCCGAGGAGGAGGCCGACAAGCAGAAGAAGGUGGAUCGGAUCAAAGCUCUGAUCGCCAAAAACAGCAUGCAGAACGUGGUCCCGGCGGUGACUCUGAGCCCGGAGGGCGAUGCUGAAGAGGAGGGCACGGUUCAGGAGCAGGAGAAGAUCAUCAACAUCUCCUACGAGCUGGCGGCCGAGGCCUCCAAACGCAGCAAGCUGGUGGCGGUGAAAAGCCUGUCCUCUCCACCUCAGUCCCCGACCUCCCCAUCUCCGCCGUCACCCCCACAGCUCGCAGACGGAUCUCACUUCAUGUGUGUGUAGUGGCCAGACCCAAGCUCUGGCCUCGGUGAAGACCUACACCUGAGGAGCGGUGAAGAUGGAGCCGCGUGACGCAGGUCACCCUGCGCAGACGCCCGGCACCGGCUGCGCAGACGCAGACGCAGACUCCGCCGCGCACGCAGCACCGCACAGCGGGUUUCACGCUCCGCACCCGAGCUCCUCCAUCCUCACGCCUCAAACUGUGACAUCACUUCCCCCACACCAUGAGAAAAUAGAGGACACGGAUUAUUUCUUCAUAUUAUUGCAAUUAUUAUCAUGAUUGAUGAUGAUAUUAUUAUUAUUAUUAUUAUUAUUAUGUUUCUUUCAUUCUUUUGACGUGGGCCUUGGUGAGAAGCCUCAGGUGCCCAUGAGUUUAAUGCUUUUUGAAGAAUGAAGGCUGUACAGGUGUACAUACAAGCACCAGAGUGAUCCUUCACCCACCAUGGAGACCCAUGGCACCUUUUGAGACACACACACACACACACUCUCACACACGCACACGUAGAGAGACACAAGCAGUUUUAUAGUAACCAUUCAGGAGCAGAGACGUUCUGCUUGGGUUUUAUUAGUCUUACUCCUUAUUUUAAUUAAGUCUGUUUUUUUUUUUUUUAAACCGAUUGAUUUUAGUUAUGAUUUUACUGCUCUGUUCUCUUAUACACUACACAACUCCUUUUUAGCAAUCCAGUGUACAAAGCAUCUUUGUUUUUAUAUAAAAAAAAUAUAAAUAUAUAGUUGAUUUAUAAUUCAAUAAGGUGCCACUUUAUUGCUGCAGAUGGACAGUUUUGUAAUAUUUUUUGGGUUGUAAUUAUUUAUACGUCGGGUGGUCUGCAGUUCCUGUCGCACUGUUGCCGACGCACACAUGAAUGUUCUGGCUUUAAAAUCUGCUUCUAUAUUUUGUUUUCUAUUGCUGAGAUCUAUUUAAAAAAGCGAAGAAGAGGUUUUAAUAGGUUUGGUUCUGUUUUUUUGGCCGGUUUGGAGGCUUGGACUUGGAGAAGAGAGUAGCACAUGUAUAAAGCAAUAAGCAGGUUUUGUUAAUCCAGGACUGUGGUUUAGUGUACAAAUGUAAUUACAGAGAGUUCAUUGUGUAUAUACUGUAUACCAUACAAUGAGCAGAGCUGAUAUAACUAUAAGAUGCUACUUAUUAGAGUUAAUAUGCAAAUGUUCAUAUCUCAUCUGUUUUAUAUCAUGUUAAAUAAAUGUUGAUGUUCUUA